AUGGUACCUAAGAAUUACCAGCACAUCCUGGCCUUGGCAUUUGCCAUAAAGGAGAUCAAUGAGAAUCCUCACAUCUUACCUAAUAUCACAUUGGGCUUCCACAUUUUUGACAAUUUCUACACUGCAAUGUGGACUUAUCAUGCUACAGUACAACUUAUAUCCACAUUGAAGAGACUUGUUCCCAACUACAAAUGUGACCAGAAUUACACAAUUGCAAUCCUCGGGGGUCUGGACUCCCAAGUCUCAUAUUAUGUGGCAACUGUUUUAGAUAUCUACAAGAUUCCACAGCUCAUAUAUGGCUCUGCUCCAGUGAUGAAUGACAAAACCCCAGGGCUUCCCUUCUACCAGAUGGUCCCUCAGGAAGCUCUUCAAUAUGAGGGGAUUCUCUCUUUGCUUCUCUAUUUCAAAUGGAUGUGGAUUGGGGUCAUAAUUAUGGAUAAUGAGAAUGGAGAAAGAUUUCUGCGAACUGUGUUUCCAAUGUUUUCCAGACAUGGAGUCUGUUUUGCCUAUAUAGAAAGAAUCCCUAGGCUAACUUUUAUCACUGAAUUUUACAGUUUGUUCGGAAAACUAGCGGAAGUCUAUGAUAAAGUCAGGGAUAGCGAAGCUAAUGUAUUAGUGGUCUAUGGGGAAUCUGACACCAUUAUGUGUUUGAGAUGGUUUCAAUAUGUAUCUGAAAAAGAACAUGUAACACAUAAACCAAAUGGUAAAGUACUGAUAAUGACAGCUCAGAUGGAGUUCACUUCAGUUAUCCUUCAAAGGACUUGGAAUGCACAACUUUUUCAUGGUGCUAUAUCCUUCACUAUUCACUCCAAAGAUCUACCAAGGUUUCAACAGUUUGUGAAGCAUAGAAGUCCUCUCUAUAGAAAAGCAGAUGGUUUCAUUUUGAACUUCUGGCAACAGGCCUUUGGAUGCGUAUUCCCAGAUGAAGUUGAGGGUGAGGUGGUUGGGGAUGUUUGUACAGGAGAGGAAGAUUUGGAGAGCCUUCCUGGAUCAUUUUUUGAGAUGAGCAUGACUGGCCAUAGCUACAGCAUCUACAACUCUGUCUAUGCACUGGCUCAUGCACUACAUGCCAUGUUAUCAUUCAGACUCCGGGACAGAGCUCAGUGGGAUGGAAGAGGACUAAAAUUCCAUAAUAAGCAGCAAUGGAAGCUUCAUCAGUUUCUGAGCAAUGUCUCAUUUCACAAUGGUGCCGGGGACAAGUUUUCCUUUGACAAGAAUGGGGAGUUAAUAGCUGGAUUUGAUGUUGUCAACUGGAUCAUUUUCUCCAACCAAUCAUUUCAUCAUGUGAAGGUUGGGAGGGUGGAUCCCCAGGCAUCUCCAGAUCAAGUGUUCACCAUCAAUGAAGAUGCUAUAACUUGGCAUAGCUGGUUUAAUCAGACCCGGCCAUUUUCUGUUUGUAGUGAGAGUUGCAAGCCAGGUUCUAGUAGGAAAGUGAAGGAGGGGAAACCGUUUUGCUGCUAUGAUUGCACUCCAUGUCCAGAAGGGAAGAUUUCAAAUCAGACAGACAUGAAUGACUGUUAUAAAUGCACAGAUGAAAGCUAUUCAAACAAAAAACAGGAUUUCUGUAUGCCCAGGUAUACAAGCUUCUUGUCUUAUGAAGAACCGUUGGGGCUCAGUUUAGCCUGUUUUGCUCUUUUCUUUACUUUGAUUACAGGUUUGGUGCUAGGGACAUUUCUCAAGCACCACCAUACUCCUAUAGUCAAAGGCAACAACCGGAAUCUCUCCUACACUCUUCUCUGUUCACUCCUGCUCUGUUUCCUUUGUGUAUUGCUGUUCAUCGGUCAACCUGGAAAGGUGUUGUGUCUCCUCCGUCAAAAUGCCUUUGGCAUCAUCUUCUCAGUGGCUGUUUCUUGUGUACUGGCUAAAACCAUCACUGUGGUUCUGGCUUUCAUGGCCACAAAACCAGGAUCCAGGACACGGAAGUGGGUUGGAAAGAAAACUGCCAACUUUAUUAUUCUUUCAUGCUCCCUUAUUCAGGCAUGCAUUUGCGCUGUGUGGCUGGCAAACUUCCCCCCUUUUCCAGAUGUUGACCUGCAUUCAGUGACAGAAGAAAUUAUACUGGAAUGUAACGAGGGUUCCACAUUGAUGUUUUACUGUGUCCUGGGCUACAUGGGCUUUCUGGCAAUUGUGAGCUUCACAGUGGCUUUCCUAGCCAGGAAGUUACCUGACAGUUUCAAUGAAGCCAAGUUCAUCACUUUCAGCAUGCUGGUGUUUUGUAGUGUUUGGCUAUCCUUUGUUCCAUCCUAUGUGAGCACCAAGGGCAAAUACAUGGUGGCUGUGGAGAUCUUCUCUAUCUUAGCUUCCAGUGCUGGGCUACUGUGUUGUAUCUUUUUCCCCAAAUGCUACAUUAUUGUAUUGCGACCUGAGUUGAAUAUUAAGGAACAGCUAAUAAGAAGAAAAGAGUGA